AUGCGGCUACUACAAGGAUCCAUCACACUACAUACCAACAACGAUAUGCCAAUCAUCUCACAUCUUCAACAUUUGAUUGUACAGUGUUACGGUAACGUUCGUGGCAUGAAAUUACCGUCGGUAAAGUUAGAAGUGGACGGUGAACCGAUUUUCCUAAAACGACCCGUCUUCCCAGACGGUCAACGGGAAGGUGCCCCGAAAGCAUUACAGAAAAUAGAGCAGGAUGGUGUGGUAAGCAAAGCUGAAUCCAGUGUCUAG